AUGUCUGCGUACUGGCGUACAUUCACAGUGCUAGUGGCAUCUUUCGCGCUUGACAUACGAGCUGUAUCAUCAAGGCAAGCUCCAGCAGCUUUCAGCAAUCCGGAAAGCAGCGCGGUCGAUUACGUGGAUCCACUCAUCGGCAAUGGCGGCGACUCACCCAAUGGCUCCGGCGGCAUGAUCCCAUCCACCGCUCCCCCCUUUGGGAUGACGCGGUGGGUUGCGCAGACACGCCAGAACUACGUCUCGGUUACCCCGUACAACUAUACAGACUCGAACAUCCAUGGCUUCCAAGGAACGCACCAGCCGGCGAUUUGGAUGGGAGAGAGCGGCCAGGUCGUCAUCGUUCCUGGCGUGGGAGAUGUAAAGCCUGCUUUCGAGGACAGAGGAAUGCCCUUCAGUCACGACAAGGAAGUGAUAACACCGAGCUAUUAUAGCGUUUAUCUGGAUGCUCCUGGAGGCGGAUCUAUACUAGCUGAACAAAGCGCCACCUCCCGCGUGGGACAUCUCAGGUUCACCUUUGAGAACACCGAUACUCCGUAUGUUCUCAUCGAGGCCACUCGCGCGUCCGUCAUGGGCUCCGCCGAUCCAUCCAAUGUAACAUAUCCAUCCGGCUCAGUGAGCAUCGAUCCCUCUGCUCGCGAGAUCUGUGGCAGGAACCCAGAGCGUCAGGAUUUCAUCAUUGGACCUAACCCUGCCCCUUCUUUUGCGGGAUAUUUCUGCGCUCGAUUCAGCGUGCCGUUCGAGUCUUACGGUACAGCCAAUAACAGCGACGGUCAGCUGUUCCAAGGGGAAAAUGAGAGGAACGGCACGCAGCUGAGCGGCUAUGCCAUUCUUCAGCGAGGAACGAGCAUGGUAGACGUCAGGGUUGGGGUGUCGUUUAUAUCCAUCGACCAGGCAAGAAAGAAUUUGGAAACUGAGAUCCCAGAUGGUACGAGUCUUGAACAGACGGCGAAGGCGGUUAGAGAGGCGUGGGCAGAGAAGCUCGAUAGAAUAACGGUGGAAGGCGGCAGUAUCGAGAACAAGCUCGUCUUUUACACAGCGGUCUAUCAUACCUUGCAGUAUCCGUACGAGCAACAUGAAGACGGCAAGUAUUACUCGGGAUAUGAUGAUGCAGUCCAUGAAGGCGAAUCAUACACUGGCUACUCGAUAUGGGACACAUUCCGAGCCCAGUGGGCCUGGACAAUACUGUUUGCUCCCGAGCGGGUGAACGGCAUGGUACAGAGUAUGCUGCAAGACUACAGGGAGGGUGGAUGGCUUCCUAUGUGGAAGAAUAUCGUCGAAACAAAUAUCAUGGUUGGCACCCACGCGGAUUCUUUGGUCGCCGAAGCGGUCCUCAAAGGAUUCACCGGCUUCGACCUUGAGACGGCAUGGGAGGCAGUAUAUAAGGAUGCCACAGUCCCUCCUGUCAACGACUGGAAUACCUCAUAUUUCGAUCGGGAGGAAAACGUCGGCUAUGAAGUUCGAGCCGGAUUGUCCUCCGUCUACGAUGUUCAGGGUUGGGUUGCCUCUGAUGUCCACUCUGAGGCAGGGUCCCGGACCUUGGACUAUGCGUACGACGACUACGCUGUUUCCGUCCUGGCAUCUUUGUUGAAUAAGACAUCUGAGGCAUCCUUCUUUCUGAAUCGGUCGCUGACUACCCCGUUCUCCAUCUUCAAUUCAACCACUGGUUUUAUGGAGGCACGCAAUGCCAACGGUUCCGGCGCCGGUCAGGAUGCAGGUUGGACCGAAGGCAAUAUGUGGGCGUAUACGUUCGACGUCGUGCAGGAUGUGGAAGGUCUCGUUAAAAGACGGGGAGGAAACAUAAGCUUUAUUGACUUCCUGGAUGAACACUUUGAUGGUGGCCAUAAUGAUCAUACGAACGAGCCUUCCCACCAUAUUCCAUAUCUAUACGCCUUGGCUGGGGCGGCUUCCAAGUCACAAGAGCGCAUUCGUUCUAUCGCUCAAGAGUAUUACAAUUCGUCCGUAAAUGGCCUUGCAGGUAAUGAAGACUGUGGGCAAAUGAGCGCGUGGUACAUAUUCAGUGCCCUGGGAUUCUAUCCAGUUGAUCCCGUAUCGGGCUUCUACGUCGUGGGAGCCCCUUUCUCUGACAAAGUCGUGAUAGAACUGCCUGGGAUUCGGAAGUCACUAAUUGUUGCCUCCCCUGGAGCACCCACCUGCCCAUACGUCCGAUCUCUGACGGUAGACGGGGCAUCUAUCACAACGCCAAUUAUCCAUCAUUCCCAAAUAUCCCAAGGAAGUAUGGUCGAGUUUGGCAUGAGCCAGCAACCCGAGAGUUGGGCUUCUACGACAUUGAUCUCUAUCGAAUCUGGAACAAACAUGGCUGUUCACGAAGAACUCUAGCCAGUUAGUGCUUCGCUCGGGAUCUCAUUGGAGGACUGCGUAUGCGUAUCG